UUGUCAUAUGCCUGUCUAGAGGUGUCUUAAAAAUCAGGUCAUGUUCUUUGCAUAGACGAAUACUUUCUGAUCUGUAGUGAUACUGUCUUUACUGACUUGUAAGUCAGAGGUUUUUGUGUGAGAGGAAGACCGUGGACUUCUGUAAAUAUGCAUAGUGCUUCUGGAUCUUUCUGCCUUUGCAUAGCGUCCACUUGACGGGCGUAUUUGUUUACCUGUCAUACAUAAAUCAGCGUGAAUUGUUUUUAAUAUUUUAAGACUUAUUUUAUAAAAAUGUUACGCUUGGUGACAAAGUGGACGUGUUUACUUGGGCUGUUCAAAAUCGUCACUGCCUCGGUUGAUAGUGGAUGGACCGACUCGGCGGGCGUGUCAGGGUCGGGGAUGCUACCGACAGAGGAGGUGGACCUUCUAGAAGAGCUGUCGCUACAGGUGUCCAACAGCAGCAACGCCUCCAUGUCUCUGGACGCACAAAGGUGUCCGGUGCUGCAGGUGGGACAGUACUCCACCCUGUCUCUGCCCCUAGCGCAGCUGUUCACUGACGGGUUUGCAGAUGAGUUCAGUCUGUUGGUGCAGCUGCGGAGCCCGCAGCGAGACGAGCGCAGUGUGCUCACCCUGCUAAGCUAUGACGGCCACAUCCUGUUGCAGUUGCGCGUCAGCGCAUACACAAUCACCUUCAUCGGCACGCAACAGCGCCACUAUGAGUUCCCCGUCAGUGGUCUGUCUGAUGGCCAGUGGCACCGCCUGGCUCUUAGUGUGUCAUCUGCUAGACUGGCGCUGUAUGUGGACUGUGCCCUGGUGGAGAGUGUGGAUUGGGUGUACCGGGGUAUGGGCAUCACCCCCGAUGGACUGCUGAUGGUCGGGGGCAUCAUAGAGGGCUUUGAGAUUCCCUUUGAGGGCCAACUCCGACAGCUGAUGUUCCUGAUGGGCGACCCACACGCCGCACGCCAUCUCUGCACACUCCACACGGCCCAGUGUGGGGGGACAGCCUCCAAGCCCCCUCGCUCCACACGAACCGACCCAACCCUGGAGGAGCUCCUGCUAUCUUCAAAUGACCUGGAAGACCUGCUAGAGCAAUCCGAGGACUCCUUCCUGGAUGUGGAAGUGGGGAAGACUGAUGUGUUUAGGCAGAGUGGCAGUCGCCGUGGAGACGGGACAUUGAGCCCCCGUCAGAAAGGCUCGGUGGGACGGGGGGACGUCUUUGUCGUGGACGAAGACACAGACCUGGCUGAUCCAGGUCUACAUGGGGGAGGUCUUAAACCUCAGUGGAAACCCAGCAGGAAGACUGAGACCCCAUCCAAACUCCCAGAAGACAACAUAACCACGGACAAAAAGACGACAGACACUCCAGGGGGGGGAGUUGGCCUGUUUCCUGGGAAACCCUCAGGUGACAUCAUCAUUGAUUUGGAUUCGGGGUAUUCCCUGAAAAAGCCUUCAGUGGAGUUUCCGACCGUCAUAAAGACUCCAGUAAACACACCAUUUGACCCGGAACACCCAGACUCAAACCUGCUUAGAGAGGAGAUUGAGGGCCCCAUUGCCCCCACGUCGGGCCCCACUGUGGAGGCUGCGACUGAGGAGAGGAGACCCUCAACACAGAUCCCCACCCAGCCGGACCCAGACCAUGACCGUGCAAUCACUGUUGAACAAGGACCAGGACGGCCAGACACUGUAACCAUAAUAUCCAGGGAAGGGGACCUGGUUCUGGGCUCUGAUGGCAAGAUGUAUAUGCUCCACAGAGGCUUGCCAGGCCGAACAGGGCCCAAAGGAAAAGAGGGCUGUCCCGGUCAUGCUGGCUUACGUGGGUUUAAAGGUGACAAGGGCCAGUUGGGGCCUGAGGGGCGUGUUGGGCGGCAGGGGGAUCCAGGACCCCCGGGCCCUCCUGGCCUGCCUUCUUUUUACCUGUGGAAGAACACUGUUGAGGAGUGGGCUGCGUUUCAGCAUACAUCUUUCUACCAGUUGCUCUACGCGGGCUGGCCUAGGGAGCAGGGACCCCCGGGACCAGCUGGAGAGAUGGGGAAACCAGGCCCACAGGGGCCAGCAGGUGAUCCUGGCCUACGAGGGCCUCCGGGGGUGAUGGGAGAAAUAGGUGAGCCAGGCCCAAAGGGUGUGGCCGGCAGACCAGGGCUCCAUGGGAAAGAUGGAGAAAAUGGCCAGGAUGGCCAGCCUGGGAGGCCAGGUGAUCCUGGGCGGCAGGGACCGUUCGGGUACAGGGGGGAAGGUGGUUCCAAAGGAGAAAGAGGUGAUGAGGGCCUAAUUGGAACCAAGGGUCCAAGAGGGCAUAUGGGAGGACCGGGUGAGAAGGGCUCUGUUGGUUUACCAGGCCGACCUGGGUUUGUCGGUCCUCCAGGACCUCAGGGACUCAGAGGGGCCAUGGGUCCCAAUGGGUCCCCCGGACCUGAUGGUGAGGCUGGGUUUGAUGGGCCCCCAGGGCUUCCUGGGUCAAUGGGAGCUGCAGGUUUAACAGGACCUGUCGGCGCUCAAGGUGUUAACGGAUCACAGGGAGAGCCUGGCCCUGUUGGAGUCAUUGGCCCCAGAGGACCCCAAGGGCCCCAAGGGUUGGAUGGCGAGAAUGGACCUCCAGGACUCCGGGGAAUUCAGGGACGGUCUGGUAUGAGUGGUGCCCUGGGUCCAAAAGGUGACCAUGGGCCUAUGGGGAAAAUGGGUUUAAGGGGUGAGCCAGGUUUCGAGGGGCCCAUGGGGCUUUUGGGAACACAAGGUCCAGUAGGUGUUCCUGGUGUUACUGGGAAGAGAGGACCAUUUGGAGACAGGGGAGACCCUGGACCAAAGGGGAACCGAGGUGUUCAGGGUCCUUUAGGAAUUCAAGGGCCUCAGGGAGAGAGGGGCCCAAGUGGUUUUCCUGGAUUUACAGGGUUCAAAGGUUAUCCUGGCACAAAAGGCAUUCAGGGGGAGAAUGGAGAAACUGGCCCUCAGGGAAAACUUGGCAGAGAGGGGCUGAAGGGCAACAGGGGAGCAGAUGGACGAAAUGGCAAGCCUGGACACAGAGGGACCAAGGGUCGUAUUGGACAGAGAGGGCAUGUUGGCCAGCCUGGUUCACCGGGUCUGCCAGGCCCACCUGGGACAGAGGGACCAGAAGGAAAGCCUGGUACACAGGGCAUCUCUGGUUCAGUAGGAGUAACUGGUAAUAAAGGCCUAAUGGGGUUUCAGGGCAUUGCCGGAGAGCCAGGUCCAGAUGGUGCCUCAGGAGCUCCAGGCCCACCUGGACACAGAGGAACAUCAGGGAUCCCUGGGCCACAAGGAGAGAGGGGUUUCACAGGGAAGGAAGGUGUGGAGGGGGCUCAGGGUCCUGUAGGCAUGUAUGGUUUCCCUGGUAACACAGGAAUGCGUGGCAUGACAGGUCCCAUGGGAGAGAGGGGAGAUACUGGUGUGAGAGGCCUGCCUGGUUUGACUGGGAAGCUUGGACCACCAGGUUUACCAGGACCUUCUGGGGAGAGAGGCCCUCCAGGACCUCAGGGUCGUCUAGGAGAUCUGGGACCCACAGGGGUAGAGGGACCACAGGGUCCCCCGGGCCUCCAGGGCUCAGAUGGAACGACAGGGAGGCCAGGACCCAGAGGAAGCAAAGGGCCUGUGGGGCCCGAAGGUCCAGACGGACCAGCAGGAAUACCAGGAGUGGUAGGUGCUGAUGGACUAAUAGGACCAGCAGGGGAAAGAGGAGAAAUGGGGAUGCUCGGACCUCCAGGUGAUCUUGGUCCUCCUGGACUGGACGGGGAAAAGGGUCCUCCUGGCCGAUCAGGGUUGGAGGGGCCACAAGGACCAAAAGGAGAACAGGGGGACCUAGGGUCUUGUGGGAAGCCGGGUCCUCCAGGACAUGCUGGAGAUCGAGGUCUACAGGGGCUCAAAGGCUUGCAAGGCUCUCCUGGGCCAAUGGGAAAAGAGGGUAAUGUUGGACUUCCUGGUCUUGAUGGUGGCUCAGGUCCCAAAGGGAAGAAGGGUGAUGUGGGGCCUCUGGGGCCCACAGGGCGGGAGGGUCCAUGGGGGGCCUUGGGGGAAAAUGGGGAGAAGGGACCAAAAGGAGAGAAGGGACACUUUGGACUUGGGGGCCAACCAGGACUAAUGGGAGGAAGAGGACCUGCAGGCUUGUCAGGGCUACAAGGUAUCAUGGGACCCAGGGGGUCUCCAGGGCCAGAUGGACCUCACGGAGAGAAGGGGGAGUCUGGGCCUAACGGUGCUAUUGGACCUGCUGGGGAAAAAGGGUUUUCGGGAGCGGCUGGAGUCUCAGGGGUCAGAGGUGACCCAGGGAAGCCAGGACCACAGGGUUCAUUAGGGAAGGUUGGGCUUGACGGAGCCUUGGGCCUCAAAGGUGAACCAGGACCAGAUGGGGACAAAGGGGAGACAGGGGAACCAGGCCAGCCAGGAGAACAGGGCCUUGACGGACUGCAAGGCAUCAAAGGACCCCCGGCACUUCCUGGUUUAGAGGGUCCACAGGGUGAGGUGGGAGCCCAGGGGCCCGAAGGACCCCCAGGGGUGAUGGGUGUCAGGGGAUUCCCAGGACUUGAAGGAAAACUAGGAAUGAAAGGAGAGAAGGGAGAUGAUGGCAGAGAUGGAUUGCCUGGAAAGACAGGUCACAUUGGAAGGAGUGGGAAAAGAGGCAAGUCUGGAAUAAGGGGCUCAAGAGGAGAGAGAGGACCAAAGGGAGAGAGGGGCGGUGUGGGAUUGAUUGGCCUGCCAGGAUGGGCGGGGUCUAUAGGAAUGCCAGGCUUGCGAGGAAACGGCGGGGAUCAGGGUGAAAAGGGGAUCGAGGGAGUAAAGGGAGACAUGGGACUGCUCGGUCCACCAGGGAGGGACGGCCCAAAGGGGGGUCGGGGUCCUGUUGGGGUGCCAGGACAGCCAGGCCCAAAGGGAGAGCUGGGGAAUAUUGGACCAUCUGGGCCAAGAGGAAAUCUUGGGUUGCCAGGACUACCUGGUUUAUUUGGAGAAAAGGGUUUGAAGGGCUUUGAGGGAUUUCCUGGGCAACCUGGACAGAGAGGCCUACCGGGGGCACCUGGACUUCCAGGACUUCCUGGUCCUACUUUGAACAUGACCGUCACACAACUCAAGGACCUGGUGUACCUUUCAGACAAGCCCAACUACCCCCUGAUUCAGACACUGCUGGAUUCCCUGCAGCAGGACCUGAGGCUGCUGGUGGAUCCUCCGGACGGGAGCAAAGAGCACCCUGCCACCACCUGCCUGGAGCUGUGGCUCUGCCAUCCAGAAUACACCAGCGGGAUUUAUUACAUUGAUCCUAACCAGGGCAGCCCUAAUGAUGCUCUCUUGGCCUAUUGCAACUUUUCUGGCUCAUCAGUACUGACCUGCCUUUACCCCCGAGAAGCUCAGAUGCCCAUGAAGGCCUGGCUAAAGGAUCCAGAGACAAACAGCUCAUUCCACUGGCUCAGCAGACAGGAACAAGGAUUCCAGUUCUAUUACCCAGGGGCCAGUGUGGUCCAGAUGCGUUUCUUGAGGUUGCAGAGUUGGAGAGCAGUGCAGAAGAUCACCUACUCCUGCCACCCAGGACACAGGCUGGGCCUCUCAGAUAGAGAGGUCAGGUUCCUGGCAGACACAAGGAAGCAGAGUUUCUUGGGAGCACUUCAAGACUGCAUGCCUGGAGAAGAGGUGGACUCGCUGAAGCCCCGCGAGUCUGUGUUUGAGUUUGAGGACCUUAACCUGCUUCCUGUGAGAGAUGUGGCAGUGUUUGGGGGUGGAAACAUCACACAUGAGUUUGGCUUCAACAUCGGGCCUGUCUGUUUCAGCUAAAGAGGAAUAGAUCCAGCCCUUAGGCUCCUGAUCCAUUCCUUUGGACUCAUAGAGCCAGGAUAAGAGCCUAUAUUCAGGACCACAAGACAACUAUACAAAAAGAAGACAAAGGGAAUCGCUCUGCCAUUAUGUGAGGGCAUCAAACUUCAUUCCAUAUAUUAUUGGUGAAGAAGAUAAAUGUAUUUCUUAGUCAUCUGGCUCCACACAAGCCCAUGGAAAUUGAUGCUUGAGUCAUGCAACUUCUUUUGGACAAUUGUAAUUUUGUUUACAGAGACGUUUAUUGUGUAAUGAUACAUGUAUUUAUAUAUUUUGAAAUUUAUAUCAUGAUUAUCUGAAAUAUUUUUCUGUUGGUUUUCAUAGCAGCAGUUUAUUACGCUGUAAUGCCUUUUAUAGCCAACAGCCUUUUUUUGUAUUUGAAUAUUCCUAUGCUCUAAUGGUCUGUAAUUUGAUUCAGUGGAUUCAACCCCACAACAAUGUGAUCUAUUCGGACACAGCUAAUGUUGACCUAUCAUCACUGACCUUUUAAAGGUGCUCACUGAAUGCACACUGCUUGUACUUAAGGGAAUCCCAUUUGAGUUGUUGAGCUUUUGUCAUUGGAGGAGAGAAUACCCAAUCUGUUUUAAAACCCUAAUCUCAUGGAAUUAACCUAAUCCUUUCCUGUUGGCAGUGAUAGGGUAAAGGGCCCUCAUGUAAGGCCAUGCUAGACGUGGCCUGUUCCUUAUUUGUAUAAAACUAUGUACAACAUACUGGCCGUGCUGGUUUCAGAUCAUUGUUGUGAUUCAGUCUCAGGUACAGUCUUGAUAUUCAACACAGCACUGAAACUCAUAUGACGUGCUUUAGAUCUAUUUCUGGUGUUCUAAUAAAGGGGCAUUAUGUUGGGUGGCUGGCUUUCCUGCCCAAGCACUUUAGCACUGAGCAAUUGCUUUCUGAGCUAUCGCUUUGUCCAGUCAAUUUUGUUUUGAGGCUCAAGGAAAAUCAACAUGUAGCUGCUCAGCAAUGUUAGGCUUGCUCAAGAUACAUUUUGAUUGGCUAGUGUUCACAAAUAAUUUCAAAGUGGGAGGGCUAAACUACCAUCCAUUUUGCAUUUUAAAUCAUAAUUUUGUGGAUCAUGCGACUGAAUCCUAGAUCUGCAGUCUUACUCUAAGAUUGUGAAUACGGACCAGUAUUGAGAGCAGUGCAUUUAGUUUUUUUCCAUCCCAAAGCAACUCAGUACUGUAGUGUUGUGUGUAUGUGUAACGGCCAACCAAGAACAGGGGAUUCAGAAAGGUCUCAGGGAGCAUUCUGUCUUAGCAUAGAGUAGUUUGGAUGAAUGAACAUUGUUAUGUUUAGUCUUGAAGAUUAAUUACUCACCUGCCGAUCAGUAGCCACCUCCCAUACAAAACCUGGAACAUUCCAAACAUUGCAGAUGUUCCAGAAAAGGGUAGACAUUAUUCUUUCAUUACUUUGUGGAGUAUAUUAUAAAUUUUAGUCAUUUAGCAAACAUACUUAUCAAGAGCGAUUUACAGUUUGUAGUACAAAAUGUCAAGGUUCCUUUUGAGUCUAGGGUUUUCUGCAUAUUGUAAUCCACACACUGUUUGUGAACAAUGUAAAGGGGUUUUAAGAAAGUUAGUGUAUUAUACAUUCUUCCUAUUUAUAUGGUAAACACUUGCAAUUAGUAGCCUAUCAUCAACAUUUAACAUGAUUGCCUUAGCUGGCUGAGACGGAUCAUUGGUGCUUUUUAAAUUCUUCUUUUGCACAAAUCUUCAUAAUUUGAGAUUGUCUUGAAAUGAUAUGCUGGACAUUUAUACCUGUAAUUCAGCAGCUCAUUCUAAGAAAUGUAUCAGCUGAAUAAAAUAA